AUAAAGGAUUUCCUGUGUUGUGUUCCCCAUCAUUGCUCUGCCUGAUUUGGACAUUCCUGAACUUUCUGAAAUCUGCUAGAGUUCUUGCUUGCAGUCUGAUUCCACUCUCCAGGUUCAUAGAAAGGACAAAUUAUUCAGCCGUUGUUAUUUUCGUUUUGUUUUUCAUGAGCAGAGUAUAAUAAUAUGUUGUGGACGUUCUGAUCAUCUGUGAGUGUUUGUCAGAUAAAGGCACCUGUUCCACUGACAUCCGGCGUUGCGUUUUUACAGCUGAGCGAUCUUGCAGUGAAAAAAAAACAACACACAACAGCAACAUAAAAACCAGCAAGUCAAGUCAAGCCAUCUCACCAGUCUCAGUGCUGCGUCGUGUCCAAAGGCGUCAAUCGGGGUAGGAAAGAUACUCAAGUUCCCAUGGUGCCACGCUUUGAUGCUGUUCCUUCAGAUGCCCGGCUCUUACUGCUGCUCUCAGCAUCGGCACAUUCGGCACGCUGAACGAUGUUCUUUGCUGAACCUGAUGACCUCCACUGAUCUCUAAACACGACUCCGUACACACCUAUUAGCCGAUGGGGUGAUUUUACCCUCCUGGCAAAAGGAAGCCGUCUUAAAGGCUUUGUAUCAGGAAAGAACUGGAUCCCAGGUGUACUGAUUGAGUCGUGUAUCCUUAUCAUCGAUAAUCUAUCAAAUCCAUAUUAAAAUCCAGACAAACACGGAAGCUGGACGGUCCAAAUACCCCUUCGGCUUUUGUGUAAAGUUGGUCCCGAAGACGACGCAGCAUGGCGCGGAUGAACAGACCAGCGCCGGUGGAGGUGUGCUACAAGAACAUGAGAUUUCUCAUCACGCACAAUCCCACCAACUCCACGCUCAACAGCUUUAAAGAGGACCUGAAGAAGUAUGGUGCUACAACAGUGGUGCGUGUGUGUGAGGUGACCUACGACAAAACGCCCCUGGAGAAGGACGGCAUCACCGUGGUGGAUUGGCCGUUUGAUGAUGGAGCUCCUCCUCCCUCCAAGGUGGUGGAGGACUGGCUGAGCCUCCUCAGGAGACGCUUCAUGGAGGAACCGGGCUGCUGCGUGGCUGUGCACUGUGUCGCGGGCCUCGGCAGGGCUCCGGUGCUGGUAGCUUUGGCUCUCAUUGAGUGUGGGAUGAAGUAUGAAGAUGCGAUCCAGUUCAUCAGACAGAAGCGGCGUGGCGCGAUAAACAGCAAACAGCUGACCUAUCUGGAGAAGUACAGACCCAAACAGAGACUGCGCUAUAAACACCCACACAUCUUCAAGAACAAGUGCUGCCUCAUGUGACCUGAACGCUGCGCCCGAACCCGAACCAUGCCGGUACCGAACUUCUCAGACCGGGGCGCUCUUCGCCGAACUGCUCGAAGCACAGCCCCGUUUCGGUCUGACUCAAUCCCUGUCUGUGCCUAAACCCCAAAUCGCUCUCACUACAGAGUGAACACUGCCACGACUCUCAGAGAGGUCAAAGGUCACCGCAGGGUCCGUAAGGCGCACCAAAGAAGGUGACCUUUGACUGAUUGACCAGCUGAUACGGAGCCAAGGGGAAUCAUGGGAAACUUUUUUUUUUUUUUGCCUGAUCACUUUCUUUUAUCUGUGAAGUCUCAGGUCGUUUCAUUAUCAAGUCGUCUCAGAUACUGCCGCUUACUCUUUAAUUCCCCCGCGAUGCUUCGGCAUUUCGUGAGUAAGCCCGGCGUGGAAAUGGACGGAGAGGAUUUAUAGUAGGGGCUCCUCUGCGUUUUCAUAACUCCUUUGGCCAAAAUCUUUGCAGCUUCUGAGAAAGAGGAAUACAUGAAGGCUUUUGUGAACUCUGCAGUAGAGAGAAGCGUGUGUAAGACUUUCUGUUUUUAUUCCACUUCUGCCAUCAUCAUCAUCAUCAUCAUUAUUUUUUUUUCUACACGCUUAUGAUAUUUUCGAAUGAAUUUAGUUGGAUGUAUCUUCCCCAUCCCAACACACACAAAAUAAACCAAUAAGCCAAACGAAUGUAGUAAACACGUCGCGCACCGCCACGCAAGCCGAGUCGGUCAUACUCCUGCGCUAAUGAAGACGAAGACCGGACCCGAGAAGUACGUCCUUCCCAACACGACAACGAAUAACGCACUUACCGUAUCCGUGUUUGAGAUCUGCCGUGUACGGCGCGAACGUUCGGCACGUAUUUACAAUCACCCGUGUUGUUCGAAAGCGUUUUGGUUUCCCUGGAAAACGUUUAUAUGUAAAUGUACGAUUCCAAGGCACGGUUUCAGAUCUGACACCGAGGUGACAUUUCAAUAAAGACUGGUACAGUCAAAGAUGACGGUCGAAAGAAAUUCAUUCCAAUUUAAUUGUUGCUAGUACAUCUAAUGAAACGGAUUUUUUUUUUUUCUUUUUAAAUAUUAUGUGUCGUUUGUACCAAGUGAGCAGAUUCGACCGCUAUAUUAUUCAUUUCUCAGCCCUGUACUAUACGUUUAAAAAAAAAAAACAUCGAUUAUGUGCGCCAUGUGAUUUAAAAUAAUUCAGCGUAAUGCUGUUAUACUGAAUAUACGUGAUUCGGUCGCAGGAGAUCGAUAUGAGGUAACUGACAUUUCAGACACAAUAUGGACAAACGUUUUGUUUCUUUUUUUUGCCCCGUCGGCAGAAAUAGUUCCCGAAGAAGCCGCUGCGGGAUAGAGCGUUCCGUGUUGCCACGGUAACGUGUGGUAACGGUUUCGACGUGACGAACGGUUCUUCGGAUCGUGAUUUGACGUCGUGAACACAGACGAGCGGCGUGAUACACACGGUCUUAUGUACCGAUACCAGUGCUGUUCUACUAAACAUCAGCACACUUGGAGCGCCGCUUAUCCAAUCAGAUUAGUGCACAUUAGUGAACUAACUAUUGUAUGAUUGUACGACUUUAAAAAACGUACACGUAUGGGUCUGAGGUGAGUGUUACGCUUUAGCGAUGAUGCCGCAACGAAUCGUGGGACUUUCAGCUUGUUCUCAUGGGCAAGUCACCAAUCAGAGUGUCCUCAGUGUUUUUGGAGGAGGAUCAAGAGCACUUCCCCGGUUUUUUAUUGUUCUUGGUACGUGUGUUCUUGAUUAUUGGAAUGUAACUUGGGCGUUAAAAGAUGAUCUCAGCCGUGGACAGAAAACAACACGUAUUGAGAAAUACCAGUGCGCUUUCUUUGUUGUUUGAGUUAGUUAUCUAACCGAUAAGUUCCUCUGACAUUUUUGUCGGGGUCAUGUCCCGAUGCACACCUCAACUCUGCAUCACGUCACACACUGUUUAUAUUGUAUAUUCUCCUUUCAAGCGCAGAGAUGAAUCACUUCAGAUGUCACUUUAAUGUGUUUCUGAAAAGAUCUUUCAAAACCUCAGGUCCUCACACGGCCCCGAAUGAGAGCUCAUGGACGGCUUUAAGACUUUUCUGUCUGCUUUUGAACACAUACCUCCUGCUGUACAGAGAUGCUUAUGAUAAUAAUAAUAAUAAUAAUAAAGGCUGAUUAUGAAUCA